UAUUUAAGCGAUCAAGCCGCGGUCACACUGGGCUUGAUCACCACCGAAUUUAAGCUGCGCGUUUGAAGCGUGCGAGGAUUUUCGUCUAUAAAACCGUUGCGUAAACCACCAGCAACAUGGAUCAGCGUGCAGAACAACAACAUCAGCAUGUGCGCGUGGUCGAGCAACAGCAACAACAAAAGCAACAGGUGGAACCAGCUGGGGAGGUGGAACCAGUAACCUGCGAUACCCUAUCGAUCUCGGCCAGCAAGGAACUAACAGGUUUGACCCACGAGUGCGGGGUGUUUGGAGCGAUUGCUUGCGGGGAUUGGCCGACGCAGAUCGAUAUUGCUCACGUGAUCUGCCUUGGACUGGUGGCCUUGCAGCACCGUGGGCAGGAAUCCGCGGGUAUAGCCACCAGUGAAGGAAAGUGCUCAAAAAAUUUCAACGUUCACAAAGGAAUGGGCAUGAUCAGUACCCUCUUUAAUGAUGACUCGAUGAAGAAGUUGCGUGGAAAUCUGGGUAUAGGGCACACUCGCUACUCCACAGCAGGAGCUUCGGAAGUGGUCAACUGUCAGCCCUUCGUGGUGCACACUGCUCACGGAGCCAUGGCCCUUGCUCACAACGGCGAGCUGGUCAACAACGAAUCUCUGCGGCGCGAGGUCUUGGCCCGAGGUGUGGGCUUGUCAACCCACAGUGACAGUGAGCUCAUUGCCCAAUCCCUUUGCUGCGCUCCCGAGGAUGUUUCCGAACUAGACGGACCUAACUGGCCGGCCAGGAUCCGGCACUUUAUGACGCUGGCUCCUCUCUCUUAUUCGCUGGUUAUCAUGCUCACGGAUAAAAUUUACGCAGUCAGAGAUACCUAUGGAAAUAGACCAUUGUGCAUUGGAAAGAUCGUUCCCAUCAAUGCUGGCCAUGGAAACAGAGCGGAUACCCCGGCUGAUGGUUGGGUGGUGUCCAGCGAGAGCUGUGGCUUCCUGUCCAUUGGAGCCAGGUAUGUUCGCGAAGUGGAACCCGGAGAGAUUGUGGAGCUGACGAGAAGUGGCUAUCGCACUGUCGACAUCGUAGAGCGUCCAGAUUUCAAGCGCAUGGCCUUUUGCAUCUUCGAGUACGUGUACUUUGCUCGCGGAGACAGCAUUUUUGAAGGUCAAAUGGUGUACACUGUCAGACUACAGUGUGGUCGGCAGUUGUGGCGGGAGGCUCCCGUCGAGGCGGAUAUCGUGAGCUCAGUUCCCGAGUCUGGAACGGCGGCGGCACAUGGUUAUGCGCGCGAGUCGGGCCUGGAGUUUGCUGAGGUUCUCUGCAGGAAUCGUUACGUGGGCCGGACUUUUAUCCAGCCAUCAACCAGAUUGCGGCAACUGGGAGUGGCAAAGAAGUUCGGAGCUCUAUCUGAGAACGUUGCUGGAAAGAGAUUGGUGUUGAUAGAUGACUCAAUCGUGCGGGGAAACACCAUUGGGCCGAUCAUCAAGCUGCUGCGGGAUGCUGGAGCGAAGGAGGUGCACAUUCGCAUCGCUAGUCCGCCACUGCAGUACCCCUGCUAUAUGGGAAUAAACAUACCCACGCGUGAGGAGCUCAUUGCUAACAAGCUGGACGCCAAUCAGUUGGCUCGUCACGUAGGCGCUGACAGCCUGGCUUAUCUCAGCGUGGAGGGUCUAGUAGAAGCGGUCCAACUGAAGAAUCAAGCUGGCGGGGAUGGCAAGUCCAAACCUACUGGCCACUGCACCGCCUGCCUCACUGGACAAUAUCCGGGUGGGUUGCCUGACGAGCUGAGCUGGUAACUCCAGGAAAAAAACAAAAGAAAACUGUUGCAACAAACCAGUUGCAUGCUGCUUUACAUGAACCCACAAAAAAAAAAAAGAUCGCACACAGUAUCCAAAGCCACAGAGGGCUCGAAAUUGCUGUCACAAACUUUGCAUUUAGUUAGUUUAGCUAUAGCACAGCCAUACCUAUUUACCCUUUUUAUACACUUUUAGAUUUUAGGUAACAAGCUCUUGCUUCUCUCCAUACUCCAAAAGACAAUUGCCCUUGGAACUUUAUAAAAAUAGUACAAACUAGUAGCCCUCGAUGUUGCCAAUUUUGAAUAUCAUAUUUCCUCAUUUACGAUUACCAAUAAAAAGACAUUUAGACAAUAA